GAGAGUAUUUUUUAUAGUCUAUGGAGUAGACGCGACAUUUGCCGCAAGUAGAAAGGAGUGGAGCGAUUGAGAACGAAAACGCUUCUUUCAUGUGGAUUACUUCUGGAAAAAAUAAACCCCUACCAAAAGCGGAAACUAGCUAAUACAUUAGAAACAACAUCAAAGACUGGAAUUAUACGGUUGCUGUCUACAGGACCCAACCCAUGAUGUACAGCGCCUGCUCUACAGUCCCACCCACUUCCUGUCUGUAGAGGAAGCGGCUCCACCAGUAUGUCUUCCCACCCCCAGUCUGUGCCUCAGGGCCGGAGGGCUGUGGACACCCGCCACCUGCCAAACCCUGCCAGUCUACCACUGCAGCUGGCACGGGCACACACGGAUGUGGGAUUGGUGGACUAUCACCCUCACUCUCGGGACUACAGCUCCCACCUGGCUCAGCCCCACCGCCGCAGACCCUCUCUACUGUCCGAGUUCCAGCCAGGGAAUGAGAGAGGUCAGGAGCAACACAUCCGCUAUGAGCACAUAUACCUGCCCGAUCCCAACAGCCUAUCAGAGGUGGAAUAUGCUGAGAUGAAGCGUCCUCGGCUGGACAUGGGGGCGGAGUCUCUCAUGAGGCACUCAGCCCACCGCCCACAACUUCCUCUGGGAGGGGCAGAGGACAUGUCAAAGGACCGGGGCAGCUCCAUGGGGAAGCUAGAGCCAAUCUCCCCCGUCAGCCCGGCCCAGAUGGACCCUGAUCUGGACCUGGUGCCUGCUCGCUUCUCCAAGGAGGAGCUCAUCCAGAACAUGGAUCGUGUGGACCGGGAGAUUACAAUGGUGGAGCAACAGAUCUGCAAGCUACGCAAGAAACAGCAACAGCUGGAGGAGGAGGCAGCAAAGCCCCAGGAGCCGGCGCGGUCCAUGAUCUCCCCUCCGCCCAGCGAGGCCAAGCACCGUAGCCUGGUGCAGAUCAUCUACGACGAAAACAGGAAAAAGGCAGAGGAAGCUCACUGGAUUCUGGAAGGACUGGGACCCCGAGUAGAACUGCCUCUGUACAACCAGCCCUCCGAUACCAAGCAGUACCAUGAGAACAUCAAAAUAAACCAGGCGAUGAGGAAGAAGCUCAUUCUUUACUUCAAGAGGAGAAACCAUGCUCGUAAGCAGUGGGAACAGAAGUUCUGCCAGCGCUAUGACCAGUUGAUGGAGGCCUGGGAGAAGAAGGUGGAGCGCAUUGAGAACAACCCCCGGCGCCGGGCCAAGGAGAGCAAGGUGCGCGAGUACUACGAGAAACAGUUCCCUGAGAUCCGCAAGCAGAGGGAGCUGCAGGAGCGCAUGCAGAGCCGGGUGGGGCAGCGUGGAGGGGGUUUGGCCUCGUCUUCAGCCCGCAGUGAACACGAGGUCUCUGAGAUCAUCGACGGCAUAUCAGAGCAAGAGAACACCGAGAAGCAAAUGCGUCAGCUGGCGGUCAUCCCUCCCAUGCUAUUUGACGCAGAGCAGCAACGUAUCAAGUUCAUCAACAUGAACGGCCUGAUGGACGACCCCAUGAAGGUGUACAAGGACCGGCAGGUCAUGAACAUGUGGAGCGAGCAGGAGAAGGCCACCUUCCGUGAGAAGUUCAUCCAGCACCCAAAAAACUUUGGCCUGAUUGCUUCUUUCCUGGAGAGAAAGACGGUGGCAGAGAGUGUCCUCUUCUACUACCUGACCAAAAAGAACGAGAACUACAAGAACAUUGUGCGCAGGAACUAUCGGCGCCGUGGCAGGAGCCAGCAUGGCCAACAGCAGCAACAACAACUGCAGGUGAACCGCAGCAGCCAGGAGGAGAAGGAGAAGGAGAAGGAGGAGAAGGAGAAGGAGAGGGAGAAGGAGAAGGAGAAGGAGAAAGAGAAAGAGAAGGAGGGAGAGAAGGAUGAGGAGAAGACUGAGGGGGAAGACAAGGAGGAUGUAAUGAAGGACGACACCUCCGGCGAGGACGGGGAGGACAAAGAGCCCACGGUGGCUUUCAAGGGUCGACGCACGGCCAACAGCCAGGGCCGGCGCAAGGGCCGCGUCACCCGCUCCAUGACCAGCGAGGUAGAGGAGACCGCCACUCCACCGCUCAGCAGCGAACUCGCCAAUCUGGAGAUGAAUGAGAGCUCUCGCUGGACUGAAGAGGAGAUGGAAACCGCCAAAAAAGGUCUUCUCCAGUAUGGUAGGAAUUGGUCAGCCAUCGCCAAGAUGGUUGGCUCCAAAACUGUGUCACAGUGCAAGAACUUCUACUUCAACUACAAGAAAAGGCAGAAACUUGAUGAGAUUCUGCAGCAGCAUAAAAUGAAAUCGGAGAGAGAGCGUAAGGCGCGGCGUAAAGGCAAAGCCCUACAAAGUGAAGAGGCCAGCGCCCCGUCUGCUGCCGAGGAAGAGGAGAUGGAGGGUUCCGGGGCCAGCGGCAACGAGGAGGAAGCUCCCGAGGAUGGAGAAGGUGGGGCUAACAACAGCUCAGACACAGAGAGCCUGCCCUCUCCGCGUUCCUCUGAGGACAGCAAGGCUAAAGAGGAGGGUGGCGGUAGGGCCAAGGCUGGCUCCAAACCUGGGGACAAGGAGGCCUCAGGCUCCCACAUGGUCCAGGGAGGAGAUGAAAAGCCCCCAGGAGAUGGGGACAAGGCCAUCAAGCAGGAGGUGAAGACUGAAGCAGGGGAGGGUAGCAAGGAGCUACCCAGUGAAUCCACAGACGGAGACAGAAAGCCCCCCACUGCAGAGGCAGAGGAGAGCAAGAGCUCCUCCAAGAGCUCCAAGAGGGACCACGAGCCCAAGACUGGCUCCCAUGCAGACAGUGACUCUAGCGCCACCUGCAGCGCUGAUGAGGUGGAGGAGUCGGAGAACACCGAGAAGAACAGGAUGACGUCCCCAAACCGGCCCAGCCUUCUAAACUAUGCUCAUGAUGGGGUCAUCUCCUCCCCCCUGCAGAAGCCCAUGGACCUGAAGCAGCUCAAACAGAGGGCUGCGGCCAUCCCCCCUAUUAUGCCCCAGAUCCCGGAGGGUGGCCCGCGGGGUGGGGUUGGUAAGGCCGUGCUGCCCCCCCAUGCCCUGGCUCUCUACCAGCAGCAGAUCACCAUGGCCCACGGUGAGUCCUCCCAGGAGGCCAAGCAGCAGCAGCAUGCAGGUCAGCCCAGCAAACAGCACCCUUACCCAGCGCAGGGUGACAGAGACCCCCACAACAUCAGCAGCCCCCGUGUCCGCCCACGCAGCCCCUCCACCAGCGACAAGGACGAGCUGGAAGGCAACGAGAGGUGGCUGCAGACUCUACUUCACGGAUUACAUAAGUCCCGGGCCUUCUCUCCUCACGGAGACCCUAAGAAGCAGGCGGUGGGGCCAGAGGACCUGAGGGCCACUACCCUGGGCCGGCCUGUCAUGUCCCCCUACCCAAUGUCCCCUCGAGACAUGGCCAAGCUCAGCCACGAUCAACACCUGCUCCACUAUAACUCAUCUUUCCAGCAGGUUGGCCACUCUGGACCCCCUGGUCUGCAGCAGGAUGGCAUCAGGUUGGCAGCGGUGCGCCCCCUCCACAUGCCAGAGCCACCCCCUCUCAUCUCCUCCAACAAGCCAGGGGGGUCUAUCACACAGGGAACCCCAGUGCAGCUUCAUAGCCCAGCUCACGGGAUGGACCAUGGGAAGAUGCCCCCUGCACAGAUGGGUUUGUCCUGGAUGGAUCAGAGGAAAGUGGGUCCCUACCCUGUGGUGAAGCAGGAGCAGCUGUCCCCGCGGUGCUCGUCCUCCCAGGCAGAGAACCUGUCCACGCAGGGGGCGCCCCACGACGCCAACACUGGACGUGGGUCCAUGCCAGCGGUGCAGGGGGGCAGCAUCACGAAGGGCAUCCCUGGGACCAGAGUUCACCAGGACUCCCCCAUCUCCUACCGAGGAGGCUCCAUCACCCAGGGCACCCCGGCUGACGUUCUGUACAAGGGGACCAUAACCCGUCUGAUCACGGAAGACAAUCCCAGCAGGGCAGAGAGGGAGCGGGACGAGGCCCUGUCCAAAGGACAUGUGGUCUAUGAGGGCAUCAGCGGACACAUCCUCACCUAUGACCGCCUACCCUCUCAGAACCCUAAAGAAGACGGCCGGGGCCAGCCUGGGGAGAUCUUGGGGCUGAAGCGCCCCUAUGAUGUCAUGGAGGGAGGGAUCUCCAGGGGGCUGCCCAUGAGGGACUCUCUGUCUGCAGCCAACUGUGAGGGUCUGAUGGGUAGAGCCAUGCCCCAUGAGAGAGACAGCCCACACCUGACCCACCACAUCCGUGGUUCCAUUUCACAGGGUAUCCCCCGUCACCUGGAACCCCAGGAUGGCUACAUGAGGCGAGAGCCCAAGCAGAUGAAGAGAGAGGCCUCCCCGCCCCGAGGGCCUAGCCAGAUGGCUGACCCCAUGAAGGGCCGAGACGGCAUGGUGCCCACCGUGAAGGAGGGGGGCCGAUCCAUCCACCUCAUUCCCAGAGAGGAGCUCCGACAGAUGCCCGAAGGCAUGAUGAUGGCCAAGGCUGGCAAAGAUGGCAUCAUAGCACAGGGUGCUCCAAUGAAGCAGGAGCAGGGUGGCUUAAGGAAGGGGCAUGACGUUCGUUCCAUCAUCGCCAGCUCCCCACGCUCUCACUACGGCAUGCCCCCUCACCUGGAGAUGCGGGGGCCUGAGCAGCGGGGCCGCUACGAGGAAGGUCCUAAGGGUCGGCCUAGCGCUGUGGUCAGCACGGCCAGCUCCAUGGCCCGCUCCUCGCCUCUGGCCAUGGGGGGCGAUCAGGGUGGCAAGGCCCACCACAGCCCCGUUGGCUACGAGGAACACAAGGGUGGCAUGAGGGCUCCCUACACUGGGCCUUCUCACAGAGGAUCCCCGCUGUCCAGAGAAUCAGGCCAGCGGCAGCAUGAGGGCUCCAAUAAGAAUCAGCCUCAGGAGCGCAAGUCCACACCCACCCCUAGGGAGAUGAGCUCCGGCAAGUCACCGCUGUCGGGCGUUGCCGAGCAACAGGCCCAACAACAGGCCCAACAACAGGCAUCCCUGGCGUCGUACGAGCGUCUGCUGCAGGGUCUGGGGGCUGACGUGUACCGAGGUCAGAUCCCACUGGCCUUUGACCCUGCUGCCCUGCGUCAGGGCAUCCCCAUCGACCCAGCCUACUACCUGCCUCGUCACCUGGCCCCUAACCCUGGCUACCCUCACCCCUACCCCUACCUGAUCCGGGGCUUCCCUGACACGGCAGCCCUGGAGAACCGCCAGACGCUGCUCAACGACUACAUCACCUCCCAGCAGAUGCACCAGUGGCCUGCAGCCGCCGCCAUGGCUGCCCAGCGCUCAGACCUGCUGAGGGGGCUCUCACCACGGGACCAGCCCCUCCAACUGCCCUACUCUGCUGCCCCGCGCGGGUCUUCCGGCUCCCCCAUGGACCGCAUCACCUACAUCCCUGGAGCCUUCCCUAGCCAGCCAUACACCUCCUCUCCCAUCUCACCAGUUGGGCCCCAACACAUGAGCAAGCAGCACGGCACACCAUCCUCUGCUGACCGUGAGCGGGAGAGAGACCGGGAGAGAGACCGCGAGAGGGAGCGGGAGAGAGACCGCGAGAGGGACAGGGAACAGGAGAGAGAGAGGGAGAGGGAUCGCGAGAGACAACGGGACAGAGACCGAGAGCGGGAAAGAGAGCGGGACAGGGACAGAGAAAAGGGGAUCUCUCACGGCAACGUGGAACACGCCCCCAUCUGGAGACCAGGCACAGAGCACAGCUCAGGUGGUAGUGUCAGGCCCUCCUCCCACUCUGGCUAUGGCCACCAGCACUCCCCGGUGUCCCCUCGCACCCAGGACAGUGUCCAGCAGAGGCCCAGCGUCCUGCACAACACUGGGGGCAAGAGUCUGCCUGUCAGCGACCACAACAACCCCUCUGUGCUAAGGUCCAUGCCAGGCUCAAAUCGCUACCCAGGCUACGCCUACCAACAAAGCAUGGACUCUAAGGAAAUGGGCCGGGAUGGGGGCAAGAGUAGGGGAGGCCUUCCCAAACACACCCAAGACCAACAUGGGCCCUCUAUAUCCUCCAGCAAAUCUGACCCCCAGCUGGCCAGCCCUAACCAAGGCGGUUACCCCAGCCCCUACCCCCAGGGCUCUUCAGCCUCUCACCACUCAGGGCGACCCCCUCACCUGCUGCCCCCCCAGUCGGAUAACGCUGCUGGCCGAGGAGAAAGUGGCACACCUAGUAGGGAAAAGACUCAAAACAAACCGAUGUCCGUUCAGGAACAAGAGCUCCGAUCACUCGGUAAGACCACCAUGACUGCGGCCAACUUCAUAAACGCGAUUAUCAUGCGUCAAAUUUCUUGUGAAACGGGGAUGCCAGAGACGGGCUCGCUCGUGGCCAACAGCGCCAGUGAUGGUAAGACGCUCUGGAUCCCAGGGUCCCCUCAUCACCCAGACCCUCCCCUCGUCCGUCUGUGGCCUAUUGCACGCUGUGGUGGUUGGGCAUUAUCAAAUCAGUCCAAAUUAUUUUUGACAUUUAUUUUUUUGUGUUCUUUUCUACGCUAUGCUAUUUUUUUGUGUAACGUAGAGAACUAUAAAAAAUAUAUAUAUAUCCAAACAUGUGUGUGUGUGUGUGCGCUGUGGGCACCACCCUGUGUGUAUUGUCCUGUCCCCUCAGUUCAACAGAAGAUGAUGCCCAUGGAGCAGCACGGUCUGUACCGGCCUCCCUCUGAGGAGAGGCUGUCCCCGGGCCAGCAGCCCCAGUCCCCCCUGGUCAAAGGCAGCCAGAGGGUGGUCACCCUGGCCCAGCACAUCAGUGAGGUGAUCACCAAGGACUACACCCGGCAGAGCCAGCAGGCCCAGCAGCAGGUCCCUAUGCAGCAGUCUUACCAUAGCAACUCAGUCCUGGACCUGACCCGGCCCCCCAGCGCCCCGCAGGCCCCACCUGCCUCCCAGGAGCCCAGCCAGGGGCCUCGCUACACUCCAGAGGGAACCGGCGGGGAUCGUGCCCGAGACAGGUCCCCUCCUCAGCCCAAGGUGUCACCUGUCAAUAUGUCUACAGACGGCAUUGAGCCCGUGUCCCCUGCCGGAGCCAUGUCUGAGCCAGAGACACAAGGGGCCUCCUACCCCAACGAGCAAGGCAUGGGUUCUCGCUCCCCUCCCAGCACCUCCCAGCCCCCAGCCUUCUUCAGCAAGCUCACUGAGAGCACUUCGGCCAUCGUCAAGUCCAAGAAACAGGAGAUGAUCAAGAAGAUGACCGUGGUCGGCAGUGACGCCGACUUCAAUCCUGGUCAGCCAGGAACAGAGAUUUUCAACAUGCCUGCCUCUACCACUGCAGGACCUGUGAGUAUACGCAGCCACCCGGCUCCCGAGGUGUCCGGUAACACCAUAGGGCUGGAGGCCAUUAUCAGAAAGGCCCUGAUGGGAAAGUAUGAUGAACAGGCCGAGGAGCGUCCUCCCUCCUCCAAUGCUAUUAACCCCAUGGUUGCCAGUGUGCCUACCGCUAUGCUCCCCGCUGAUGGACGGACGGAGGACUCUUACUCACUGCAAGGUGGGGGGAAACCAAAGGGCAGCGGGCGUUCUAACGGGCGGAAGGCCAAAUCCCCCGGGCCGGGCCUGUCAGGGGGGGAGAGACCCUCCUCUGUGUCCUCUGUCCACUCUGAGGGGGAUGCCAACCGCCGCACGCCCGUCACCAACCGUGUCUGGGAGGACCGGCCCUCCUCCACAGGUGCAACACCCUUCCCGUGUAACCCCCUGACCAUGCGUUUCCCAAGUGGCAUGCCGGUGUCAAACCCCUCCCCCACCCCCUCUGGACAGAUAGGGGCUCAGGGUCAGGGCCGGUCCUGGGAGGAGGAGCCCAAGCCCCUGCUGUGUUCUCAGUAUGAGACCCUGUCUGACAGUGAGUGAGAGACCCUGCCAUGGAACAGAACAGCACCCGCCAACUAACCACCUCCACUGCUGCUGCAGGCACACACGUGACACACACACACACACACACACACCAUUCCACUCUACAGCUCCAUCUCCACCCAGCAAGGGAGUACGACAGGACCUGACCUCUGGGCCUCCCAUCUCACACAGCUGACUGACGAUCACAAGCACCGAUGGGGGUGUGCUGAAACACUGCUGCUCCGUGUGUUAGUGUUUCAGUGUAUGCAGUCACUCCAGGACUACUCUAAAGGACAAAUCACUUGUUUUUUGAACUUCAUUUUUCCCCCUCUUACUGGCCUUAUUGAUACGAACACAUCAACUCAUGCGCUUGUUUGUAUACUGUUCUAGUGUCUUCUACGGUCUGUGGAAGGGACUUGGUACGGCCCCAUAAUCUGAUGCUCAUGUGUUUUCAUUUGGCCCGCGGAGUGAUUCACUUGCCCUGGUCAAGGAUGGAUGUGUCCUCUGCUUGUACAGGAAGCCUGCUCUGUUCGGCCAUGUCAGGGCUCUAAACAGGGAUUCAACCUGGAUCUUCAGCUUGGAGAAGCCUGCUGCCUCCUCUGACCAGCAAACCCAACCUUAGUGGACAUGCAUCAGCACAGAAGUGUCUGUCUCUCUCUCUCUCUCUCUCUCUGUCUCUCUCGCUCUGCGCCAGUGACCCCUUGGACAGGGUGUGAACCACACAGAGUUCUGUUUGGAAAGGUCUGCUAGGGAAGUGGUCUUCCUACACUGGGUCAUUUCACUGUGCGGAGGGCAGGCGGACAGGCAUGUAGCCAGGCAUGCCAUCUAUUGUACAGUACUGUGGACACUAAGUUCAGACGGCCUGUGCAUUUCUACUACUGUUAGAAUGCAUCAGAUGAUGGACAGGAGGAGAAAACCAACACAGGAAAACAAUGUCUUUAUUUUAUUUUCUCCUUUUUAAAUCCAGUCAGUCCAGUCCUGUGUUUGAAAGUGAGCUGAGACCUUUUAGUACUUUUGAUCGUGAAUGUUUUGAUGGUGUCAGUUUAUCUCUUAUUUUCAAUGAUCUAUCUUCGGGGGUUUACAGGGUAUACAUGCUGUCCAUUGCUGAUGUCAUCAUACAUUUGAAAUGUUACUGGAGGACGGUGGUGGCAUUAUGGUCUCCAGACAUCCAAUAGAGAGAGCGGUCUGUGGGUGUGAUGGACGGCACGAAGAGACAAGUGACACUUUCUCACUGUUUUUAUAUCAACCACAUCUGUGUUUGUUGAGAAUGUUUUUGGAUGUUAAGCACUUAGUUGUCAAUUUGUUCACAACGGCAUUUUUAGGAAUCUGUUUCGGGCAGGCGAGAAUGGACUGGAGAAGACGAGUGUAGAGUCCUACUGUGGAGGCGUCCUCCUUUAAACAUCUAUUUCAUUUGGUCUUGCCACCAACAUUCUUUAGUGCUCCCAAACUCCAGCGACAAUCACAGUUCUAGUGAAACAUUACCUAGUCCGCUUUGAGUGGGUGGAGACCAACCUUAAAGCUGCUUUAGGGCAAUUUUCCCAGCAUCAGAGUUGGAAUUUGCUUGCAUUAAAGAGGUGACAAAUGAAAGCCAUCAAUGUUUCUAUGCCUCUUGGUCCAUGGCGGUGCUGGCUGUGGCUGUAGUGUGAGCCCCAGCUGGCCUGCUGGAAGCCUGUCUCUUGGAGGAAACUCCUAAUGUCUCUAGGGGCUGCCUGUUGUGACAGUCUGACCUCUGAUCUUUUACUGUCUAGAGGAAGAGGAGCUCUGCCUUACGCCAGGCCAGAUGCACCUUCUUAUCGAGACCUGAGUUUGUACAGUUCUAAGAUAUUUCUAGUGUUAAGUGCCAUUUAUUUGACAUAAUCCAGUACUGAAGUUACCAAGUGACGCACAAUUUUCUUUUUCAUUUUUUCCUAUCAUUUUUCUUCAUGCCAGGGUUAUACGUGUCCAUGCAGGGAAAUGUUGAAACCAAGAGCAGAUGAAACGUCCCUCUUUUGAUUUUUUUUUCUAAAUCUGUCACAGCCUUAGCUCUUAACUGUCACACAUUCUGUCAUGAUCCUGAUUCAGAGGAGGUUUAAAAGUCCAACAGUUGGUGUUCAUUUACCAUGUGUGAUUUUAAAUUUGUACCCAUUUUUAAAGGCCAUCUCUUUGUUGUUGAUGUGGUAUAUGACAGUGUUCAUGGCUUGUAUUGAGUGUUGAAGCAAGAGACGCACAGCUAUUCUCAGUGUGACUGUUGUUGAGGGCGACUGCGGUGUGUUGUCCUGUCCGGUCCACUAGUUGAGAGCGGGUUGAGUUAGUCAUGAUGGAGACUUGUUAGUCAUGAACAUGUGUAACAGUUGUUGGACUGCCUGUGCUCUCCUCCCCCUUCAUCUUCACUGGAUAAUGUACCGCUUCUUACCCUGGCUACCUCAACUGGUCAUGUUUUACAUCUAGUCAGUCAAGGUGGAGGUCAAAUUAGACGUUUUUAACUGGGCCCAAUAAAACAGUUUUGGCCUCUCUACUUGUAUAUCAAUUUACUAUUCAUGAAGUCGUUGGGAGAGCAAAGUGACAGUACAUUUUGACAUGAUAGGAAGACAGAACCAUAUCUACAUUUUAGCUAAAUAAAUAGCAGAGGAAACUAGAAGAAUCAGUUUGAAAUGUACUGAUGUGUAUUUUAAGGAUUUAUGUUUUUCCCCUCUGGUUUCUGUUUGUUCUUUACACUGCUUGCUUUGAUUACUGUCAUGUCACUCUCCGUGCUAGAAGUUAGCCUUUCAUUUGUAAUGAAAAUAAUCAUUCAAGACGAACGAUAAACGAAUUAGUCGAAUGGCCUAUACGAUCCCUGUAUUGUACAAGGGUGGGCGGGAGAGAUGGCAUUGACAAAUGUUCAACCAUAUUGUGCAUAAUGAUUUCUUUUUUUAUUAUUAUAACCCACUGUAUAAUAGCAAGGAUUGUAUAUAGAACUGAAAAGAUGUAAAUAUUUAUGUGGCUUGCUGCAAGGUUGGUAUUUACAGAAAAACUAUUCGCACUGUUUAAUUCUACAUGCCCACCAGCAAGCUUUGUGGAUAGCAGUGUAACAAUGAAAAUAAAAAAACACUGCCUUAAUGUUUAAAUAAAAAGCUUAUUGCCAUUGAAACUUA